GCGGCGGGCCGCGGGGUCGUCGCCAUGUCGGUGUCACACAGCUCCAGGCUGAACAAGCUGGUGCGGGAGCAGUACAUGAGGCUGCCCCAGGGCGGGCUGGUGCAGGUCACCUACGUCUGGAUCGACGGCAGCGGUGAGGGCGUGCGCUGCAAGAGCAGGACCCUCGAUAAGGAGCCCAAGAGCAUCGAAGAUGUGCCCGAGUGGAAUUUCGAUGGCUCCAGCACAGCGCAGGCAGAGGGCUCCAACAGCGACAUGUUCCUGGUGCCUGUCUGCAUGUUCAGGGACCCCUUCUGCCUGGACCCCAACAAGCUGGUGCUGUGCGAAGUGCUGAAGUACAACAGGAAACCUGCAGAGACCAACCUGAGGCACACCUGCAAGAAGGUGAUGGACCUGGUGAAGGACAGCCACCCCUGGUUCGGGAUGGAGCAGGAGUACACGCUGCUGGGUGUCAAUGGCCACCCCUACGGCUGGCCCGACAACGGCUUCCCCGGCCCACAGGGCCCUUAUUACUGUGGGGUUGGAGCAGAUAAGGUGUACGGACGUGACAUCGUGGAGUCCCACUACAAGGCUUGCCUCUAUGCGGGCGUGAAGAUCUGCGGCACCAACGCCGAGGUGAUGCCCUCCCAGUGGGAAUUCCAGGUAGGCCCAUGCGAGGGCAUCGAGAUGGGUGACCACCUCUGGAUGGCUCGCUUCAUCCUCCACCGUGUCUGUGAGGACUUUGGGGUCGUGGCCACUCUGGACCCCAAACCGAUGACCGGCAACUGGAACGGGGCCGGGUGCCACACCAACUACAGCACCGAGGAGAUGCGGAAGGAGGGAGGCCUCAAACACAUCGAAGCCGCCAUCGAGAAGCUGAGCAAGCGGCACGACUACCACAUCUGUGUCUACGACCCGCGGGGCGGCAGGGACAACUCCCGGCGCCUCACCGGCCACCACGAGACCUCCAACAUCUUCGAGUUCUCUGCUGGCGUGGCCAACCGUGGAGCCAGCAUCCGCAUCCCACGCCAGGUGGGCCAGGACGGCUUUGGCUACUUUGAAGACAGGCGGCCGGCGGCCAACUGCGACCCCUAUGCGGUCACGGAGGCCAUCAUGAGGACCACGGUGCUCAACGAGACCGGGGUGGAGACCAAGGAGUAUGCAGAGCACUGAGGCCGUGGGAUGGGUGAGGGUUUUGUGUUGACGCUGAUCGUGCCCGUGCUCUCAGCUGUGAGCUCAGACUCUUUAGGAAAACUCGCUUCUGGUUUUGUGAAACGUUGCCUUAGAAAUCCUAUAUAUUUUAUAGUAAGAGGGAGGGGCCCAACCUAUUUUCUCAGCCACUUUUUCUGGUUCCUGGUUUUAGGUCACACCUGGGGAGGUUGUUGGUUUUUUUUUAAGCUUGGAUUGAAUUUUUUUUCUUCUGAUGGACUUUACACUGUGAUGUACAUAGAUUCCUACAUGGAAGCUGCAGCUGCUGCUGUUUGCACCUGGGCAGGGUGUGUGCUUUUUUUUUUUUUUUUUUUUUUUUUUUCCCCAGUGUCUCUGUUGCAAGGAAAUGAUAAUAAAGAAUUUUCCUGGCUGCGUGGCAGCUGUGUUAUCCUGCUACAGGUGCAUUUUUCUGUACCUCCAAGAGCUCCAUGCAGGAUUCAGUUCGAGUCUUGCCGAGGGGUUGAUGCUGCUGGGACCAGGCAGCGCAGGAGCUGAGAUGCUGGAGGAGCCCUGGGGCAGUUUUAGCUGCUGCAGGGGCUGUGCUGCCCCAUUUGCCGCAUCCCAAAGCUCAUCUCCCUCCAUCGUGAUCCCCACAAGGCAAACAGAGCAGCACAGCCUGAGCAAACAGUGGCCGGGGCAGCAGCUGGCGGGUGUUUGCACUGAGCUGCUGAGUCAGCACUGCACACAGCAGGUGGGGAACAGCCCUUGGGAACACUUGGGGCUGAGCCAUGGGGCUGAGCGAUGCCCCCACUGCACCCCCAGCACGAUGCCCCUCGGCAGCUCGAGUGAUGGAUGCUCUGCUGAUCCCCGGGAUGCGGUGUUGGUGUCUGUGAUCCUGGAGGCCGUGGAUUUCUGAGCAAAACGCUUCAGUGUCACUCCAGAUGACCGUGGACAGAACGUGGGUGCAAGUGAAGGGAGUGGUGCACAACAGUGCCUGUUCUGCAACUGCAGGAUCCCCUGUUGGGUGGCACGGGCUGGUCCUGGGCUGGGACAGCUGCAUGGCCACUGGCAGCAGUUACCCAGAGAGGAUGGGGUACUUGCUUUGGGGAUGGAUGGUCUCACAUCUGCCCUAGUGCUAUCAGAAGGAUAUUGAAUCUUGUUUUGCCUUUUCCUGUGAAGCGAUGAGCCCAAUCUACAGAUCCCAGCUCCCUCCUGCUGGUCACAGCACUGCCAGAGGAGUGGGAGAGAUGGCAGUGGGAGAUGGAGAUGCUGUUGUGCCCCAGAUCUGUGUGUAGCCAGGAGCCCAUGGUGUCUCUGAGCCAUUCAGUAAAUGCAGCCUGCUCCUCCCCACACUAACAGGGAUGUGUUUUCCUCCCAGAAAUUGCCAUUCAGUAUUUUUAAUGCUCUUCAUCCAAACCACAACUCUGCCUUGUUUUCCUCUCAUUUCUAUGAUGUCUUUAAUGGGUGAUGUGAGCACUGGGACAGUGACUGCUGCCUGCAGCUGGAAAAUCAAUAAAGAGCUAAAUCUGGAGCA